CUUUGAGCUGUCAAAGAAUGGCGGCUGUUUCGGAGCGUUGCCAUGGUGAAGCAGACGUGUCAUCGUUGCCCCAGGGUUGGCAUCCAAUGAACGGUGUCGGCACAAACGCUAAGGCACCUGCUUCGGCGGCUCGAAGCUCGACCAAUUCGUCGUCGCCGAAGCCCCUGACCAAUGGACCGUCCAAAUCUUCGUCGGAUGGAACUCAGAACGGCAGAGAAACUCGUGGACGUACGCCCAACAGUUCGGCCACAGCUUCGGCUAGGGCUACGACGGACAAACUGCGAGGAAGCCAGUACAGAGAAGCUGCGCCAAGAGGCCGCCACCCUUCAAAAGAAAGUGGCGCAGUUUCGCGUGGAAAAUCAGAGCCUAAAGACCAAGGUGAAGCGGCUGGAGGAGGAGUGCCUCCGGAAGACCCGACAGGUCGACAAGCUCACCCUGCUCUCCAAGGAAAAGACCGCCGUGGCGCAAGACAAGAAGAAGGAAGACGACGUUCUGAAGCAAAAGUGCAUGAAGCUGGAAGUGCAGUUGCGCGAGAAGGAAGAGAAGCUAAGGAAGCUCCAGAGCUCGCAGAAGAACCUGGCCGAGGCCACGGACAAGCCGCAGCCCCCCAGAAGCCGUCUGUCAUUAAAUUCACACGGAGGAACAAGCGCAGAACUGAUCAAGCUGCGUGAGCAGAUGGAAAGGCUCGGCCAAGACAACCGGCGUCUUACGCUGCAAGUGAAGGAAAAAGACCAGGAGAUCCGGCGGCUCAAAUCGCAGGCCAAUCCACAGCCGAGCGCAUCCAGGGCAGCCACGGCCAGCCGUAGCCAGCGUCCGGCCAGCUCGAGCCGAGUCAAGUCUACGAGCGAAACCAAGAGGGUGGUUACUGCAAAACGCUCGGACACCUUCAGCGUGAGCAGAAGCCAAAUGGCGGCCCUCAGCAAUGGGUCAUCUGCUGCAACUCCGCUUGGCGGGAAGCAGACGGAAGUUGUCAAGAAGCGGAAGGAGGAACAGUCGGCGUCGUCCAGGGAGAAGUCGCACGGGACAAAGCAGCAGCACGGCAACCCAAAGCCUCCGGAGACUGACCCCAAGGUGGAUCGCGUCAAGCGGAACGUCGCCGCAAAGAAGAUACAGCGCGGAUGGAGAAAUUACAGAAAGCGCAAGGCUUCGAAUGCAUCCGACAUUUCCCUGGGGAGUGCAAUGAAUGGGUCGUCGACGGCAUUGAAGCGCAAGACAUCCACGGACUCCGCAAUGCAGCACGAAGAAUGAUUCAAGUGGAGAAGAAAAGGACGUCUCGAAACCGCAUGGGUGCUGCGGCGAUCGCGGAAACUUCGAGACCAAUCGGACAACCAGAAAACUGCGAAGCCAGCAGUACAGAUGUUAGCAUUGUUUUUUUGGUGUAGCACGGAGUCAGAAUCUCAAAUACUCACAUCAUCGUUUCAAUCGAUGCUGCUGCGUCCAUCUCCUAGUGAGGGGGGUUGCAUGUUGCAAACAUUUGUUUGGCACUUCACAUAGCAACACGAAACAUUAAAGAGAAACCUCCAUUU